AUGGAAAAGACAGAAAUAAAGGGUAAUUAUUUACAACAUAUUAAUUUCACGUGUUCCUAUCAACACGAAUCCUCUAGUUUGGCUGCAUGGGGAAAUUCUUCCAAUCUCCCCGUGAUUUUGAGAAAGAUUGCCGACGUAGAUAUCGCUAAAUACACGCAAGACAACUGGGAGGAAUUGAGACACGAAUGGGAACCUUACGCCAAGAGAGACACUCUCUGUUUGGGAGCUUGUUUGAUAAAAUACAACCAAGUCACGAAAGAAGUUGUAAACCAGAAUAUGUCCAAUAAUCUAACGGCUCCAUCUUUAUCUUUAAAGGGUUGGUAUUAUUUAUAUCAUUACGAUAAAGAAAUGGUGGAAGAAGAAUGGUAUGAAACUACUAGAAUGGUUGCGAAACAUACCGAAAAAGAAAAUAUAGAAAAAGUUUAUUCGCACACUAAUCCUUUUAUAAGAAAUUUUAUCAGACGAUCUAUUAAAGGAGGAAGAGUUUCGGCAAAUAGAAAAUCAUUUGAAACGAACAAAAUGGAUGAAAUUUGUAACGUAUUAAAGGAACAUAUUUCACAAACAGAAAGUAAUAACAUAAUUGAUUUAUUCAAAGAAUACAGUGCAAGCACAAAAGACAAAACGGAGGUUCAUUCGAGACUUAAAAAAAUAGAAUGUACUAAACUAAUGGCAUUUGAUGCUAACGGUUUAUACGCUUCCGCCAUGUCGGAUUUAGACAGCGAAUAUCCGAGAGCGGAAAGUGGAAGACCGUUUCUACCAGAAGAAGGAAAAGAAUUUGUAAAACUCUUCAAUAAACAAAAAUUCAGACCUAGAACAGCUAUUUUAACAGUGUGGUUUGACUAUCCCAAAAACAUGUUCUUCCAACCGAUACCAGCUAAAGACAAAAUCACUUUCACGAAUAAAGGAGGUAAAAAGGAAACUGGUACUAAAAUCAGAGAUCUAAGAAAUAAAUAUAAACGAGAAGGUAAUAUCAUGGGUAGUAAUUGCAUGAAAUUAUUGGGUAAUUCCUUGUAUGGUAAAUCAAUUCAGAAAGACAUAUUCACAACUAGACAUUUAUGGAAUGAAGCAACUUUACAGGCCAACUUUGAUUCACGUGUUAAAACCUAUGAGAAAAUUAAUGAUACUCAAUAUAUUGUUGAAACAGAAAUUGAAGAAAAAGAGAUUACUACCGAAGAUAGUAAAUCUACACGACUAACACCUAGUCAUUUAGGAUCAUUCGUUUUAUCUCACAGUAAAAUAAUAAUGAACAAUUUCAUUCACGUCAUAAAUGGAUUUUAUAAACCCGAAAUAUACUAUACCGACACAGAUAGUUUGUACAUUUCAUCCAACAAUUGGAAAAAACUAAACAGAGCUGGUUUGGUCUCCGAAAAAGACUAUUGCAAAGGUAAAAACGAUUACGGUGACGGUGGAAUUAUAUUUGGUUUAUAUUUAGCACCAAAAGUCAAAUACAACAUCGUUUUGACUUCUGAUGGUGUCUUAAAAGAAAAGAAAACGUUUAAAGGUUAUUCUAAUGAUAAGAUAAGUGUAGAAGAUUACGUUCAGUUAGCAAGCGGACAUGAUGUGUCGAACGAAUUUAAUAAACCGUGGGAAAAAAGUUUCACCAAUGGAGUAGUUAUUCCAAAUGAUAAACAAACUAAAGUUUUUAGAAGUUAUUUGAAUAAUGUUAAAAGAAAACCACCAAACAGUGAAGGAAUUAUGUAUCCUUACAACGACAAAGAUGAGUAUAGUUUUCAUGAAAACUAUGAAUUUGAUGAUUUCGAUUAUCUUACUAUUCAAGAAGAGAAUGAAGAUUGUUUUAAAUGA